CCGAUUUCUAGCUAACUUCUUAUACUAUAUAGCGUUGAAAUUAAAAAGAUGAGAAUUCGCUCAAGAAUGCGUAAACUGUUUGCCAUGAAUGCAACUGGGAUUAAUAACACAAAUCAUGUGGAUUUGGACCUCAGGGAAGAGUAUGCUAAUGCUUUCCGAACCGAGUCCUACAUUGAGUUUUGGACAAAUGUACUUGCAUUUAGCCAAGGAAAUUCAUCCCCGUGUAAUAUAAUGGGAUCUACUUCUUCUACCCGACUAUUAUCAUAUCGACUCUUUGUAGAACAUCUGUUAGAUCCGGAUCAAGUUACGGUCACUAGGAUACUUGAAUCCACCCGUAUCCGGACUGAGCACCGCUCUUUACUAAUCAGUUAUUUCGAAGUAACUGCCGAAGCCUCGUUGCUUUGUAGUUUUUUGCUAAAAGACGUCGAUGAAAUGCGCAGAAAAUAUAAGUCACUUAAGGCCUCUCUAAACUCGUUCCACAAUGCCCAUUUUUCACCCAAAACUCGCUCCCCUAAACUUGUUAUGACCCGGCUCACUGAGUUCUCUAACUCGCCCAACCCAUUUGUUCCAUCCGCUUCAUCCCCGAGUCGAUUCCGGGCGAUGCAAGCCGAUUGCGCCGAGUUGCUCAAGAAACUCGAGCUGAGCCGCGACCGGACCCAAUCUAAGCUCCGCUUAGUGAGAAAAAUACAGCUCGGCUCAGCCAUAUUUUUAGGGGCUUUAACUGUGUCCCUCACAGUGGUUCUUGCGGUUCACGCCAUAGCCAUUCUAGUGGCGGCUCCGAGCUUAAUGGCGCCUUUCAUUGAGCGGCUCUCGACUAAGAAGCUGGCUAAGUGGUCCACUCAGCUAGACGUAGCCGCAAAGGGUGCUUACAUACUAAUCAAAGACUUGGAUACUAUUAGCCGGCUGGUGGCUCGGCUAAAUGAUGAGCUGGAAGACAUGCACGUCACUGCCCGAUUUUGGCUUGAGAAAAGCAAAGAUCAGCUCCAAGCCGGUGGAGAAGUGGCGGCGCAACAGCUAAAGAAGAAUGACAUAAGCUUUAUUGAGCAGCUGGAUGAAUUGGAAGAACAUUUAUACUUGUGUUUCAUGACCAUUAAUAGGGCUAGAAGCCUAGUAAUCAAAGAAAUUUCAGAAACGGGCCGCCCGAAUCUACCCUCAAAUUUGUUACCCAAAGAAUAAUUGAUUGCAUUUGUUAUUA